AUGGAGUCCAGGCCGAAGCGACCUCCCCCGCCGGCGCUCGACGUGGGCCGGCAGCUGCCCCCGGCGUCGCCCGCGGCGGCCGGGCGGGUGCCAGCGUCGCCGGCGGUGCCGUCGAUGCUCACGGGCGUCUCCGCGUCGCCCGCGCGGCACGGAGGGGGCGCCGCGCGAGGCACCGCCGCUCACGCCGGGACCCCGGGGUCCGCGGCGAACGCGCUCGCGGGCGUGACGCGCGCGCCGAGCGCGUCCCCCGCUGCGCUGGGCACGCCCGGACGCGUCCAGGUGGCGCGGCAGGCGUGCAACUGCAAGAACUCGCGGUGUCUGAAGCUGUACUGCAUUUGUUUCUCGUCGGGGGUGUAUUGCGACGGGUGCAACUGCGUCAACUGCUGCAACAACCAGGACGCGGAGACCGUGCGGCAGCGCGCGAUCGACGUCAUCCUCGAGCGCAACCCGAACGCCUUCCGCCCGAAGAUCGCGGGCGCGGCGGACGGCCAGGGGCGCCGCGCCAAGCACAGCAAGGGGUGCAACUGCCGCAAGUCGAGCUGCCUGAAGAAGUACUGCGAGUGCUUCCAGGCGGGCAUCUUCUGCGGCGAGAACUGCAAGUGCGUCGACUGCAAGAACUUCGUCGGCUCCGCGCAGCUCGCGGCCGUCCGGCAGCACGUGCCCACGCCGCAGACCGCCGACGCCGCCACGCCGCCGCCGCUCAAGCGCGCCCGCACGGCCGGGCCCGCCGCCACGCCCGUCUCGCCCAGCUCCAGCGCGCUCGUCGGGCCCGGCCGCGCCGCGCACGCGUCGUCGCCCAUGGCCGCCGGCCGCACCCCUGUGCACGCGGGCGCGUCGCCGGCCGCGCUCCCGCUCCCGCCCGCGACGCCCGCGGACCCCGAGCGACGCCAGAGGCUCCAGGAGCGCCGCGUGGCGCUGCACACCGCGUGGGCGCGCUCGGGCCUCCUGGACGAGGUCAUCCUGCUGCUGCAAGAGAAGACGCUGGAGGCGAAGCAGCGCGCGGGGGCGGAGGCGGCGGCGGAGGAGGACGCGGGGGCGGACGCGGGGGCGGAGGGGAACGGGGGCGCGCGGGGCGAGAACGGCGCCGGGGAGGUGCAGGAGCGCGGGGGUGACGGGGCGGGGGCGGCGGGGGAGCGCGAGGACGACGACCUGCUGUGCGACGAGGGCGAGGAGACGCUGGAGGGGUCGCCGGAGGCGGGCGGGGCCGCGGCGGGCGGGGCGCGGGCGGCGCGGGGGAGCGCGGCGAGGCGCGCAGACCCGGCGACCGAGGCGAAGCUGGCGGUGCUGCAGGCGCUCAAGGGCGUGCUGCAGAGAGUGGUGGCCGCGGGCGCAUCGAGCGCGGGCGUGGGGCCGCGGCGCGGGACGUUCAUGCUCGGGGGCAGCGCCCUGCUGCAGCAGCCGACGACCUCGGGGCGCGCCGGGGGGGACGGCGGGCCCACGCUGCGGCUGAUCUCGGUGCAGGAGGACGGCACGAUGUCUCCGGCCCUCGCAGGCAGCCUGCGGGAGGCCGACACGGACGCUGCGGGUGCGCGCGUGCAUUUGCAUUUGCGCCGCGCCGAACCUGCGCGCCGUGGCGGCGUGCGCGACACCCGCGCGGGCACGCGUCCGAGCGAUCGCAUGCUGCCGCGCGUGGCGAGGUGGUGCGGCCGGAGCGGUCGCAGUGUGCGCUGUUGA